AUGUCCAGAGUGGAGGCCUUUGGAGAGUCUGAGCUGCGUUCUCAGCUGAAAGCGUGCAGAACUGAGAUCGCCAUGGCGGUUCAUGAUGCGUUCCCGCUGCUCUAUGGGCUGGCAGACCAUGACAUCAUCUCUGACCAGCUCCUCAGGGAGACUCUGGAGAGGAUAAAGACUGACGGGAUCCAUAAAGCUGUGUACUCUCUCCUGACCGGGCUUCUGGAUCAGAACAUUAAAGUUCUUCAGGCUUUCUGGGACAAUCUGUCCAAAGAGUACAACCAGGAGAGCUAUCCCAAACUGCAGAACCUGUUCACUAAUCUACCCACAGGACUGAGGACAGGGAACAGAGCCGCUAGGAGCCCCAGAUUUGAGGUGCAGAUUCGGGGACAGCCGAGCAAGAAGAGGGCACUCGGAGAGAAGCAGCUGAGCCAUCGACCUCACCACUGCCCCAAGAGAGCACCUGUGCAGCCCAGCACAGUUUAUAACUUCAGGUAUGAAUUUGAUCAGCCUUGUGAUGUUCUAGGAGGGAAAGGGAAGUCGGUGAGGAAGACAGACAGCGCAUCUCUUUCUCAGGUUUCGGUGAGCAGCGGAGUGCAGUCUGUGUCCGCCUCUGUCCAAAGGGCCGUCACUCUGACCGCUGGAGAACUUCCUGCAGGCUGUGGGAAGGUGGAGGAGAUUCUCAUCCAGCAGGUGAUCGAGUCUGGAGGAGCCAAGAAGUGCAUUAAAGUGGGAGGAGAGUUUUAUUCCUCUGGAAAGCUGGAGGAGACAGCCGGCUCUCACAAGGCUCAGACUGCACAUAGUGAGAGUCACCAGAAGGGGGAACCAAACACCAGAGCUGUGGAUGUAGAGCGUAAUGAUGACGAGUGUGCGGUGUGUAAGGAUGGAGGAGAGCUGAUUUGCUGUGAUGGAUGUCCUCGGGCUUUCCACCUCACCUGCCUGGUGCCUCCACUCACCUCCAUCCCCAGUGGUACCUGGCGCUGUAAGCUCUGUAAUGGGAGCCGAGCACUGAUAGAGAAGACAUACACGCCUCUGCAGCCUCCAGUUCACACUCCUCUGACGGAGAGUAACUCCGGCUCCACCAUGGACUUCUCCUUCUUCUCCUCCACCUCUCUGUCUUCAGUCACCAGCAGCAAGAACACACAGCCAGCAGGGUUCCAGACUGCUGAUCCUGAGAUGGUGGGCCUGAGGACCCCCUGUGGGAUCUGCCAUCUCACCCGUGGGGAGCUGCUCAUCUGCCCUCAGUGCCUGCAGAGCUACCAUCCACACUGCAACUUCCCAAAUGGUAGGGGAAGAUGCAGAACCUGCUCCAGGACCUGGGGAUCAACAGAGAGCGAGAUACCAUCCAGAACCAUGCAGGUGUCUCAGCGUCCUGGAGAUCAGGGUUCAGCUCACUCUGAGCAGCAGCAGAUCCUCAACAAGGAGGAGCUGGACUCCUUUAUGGGGGAAGGCUCCAUUGAUGGGAUUCUGCAGUGGGCUUUUCAUAACAUCUCCCGUCCUCUAUCUGAGUCCCAGGGCUACUUCCAGUGACCUGUACCCACCAAUGGAGCAUCCAUGCUGUGAUCAUUUGAAAGCUAUGGCAGACCCCCACCCCUUCUCCCAAGACCCUAACUGUAACCUUUUGUUCUAAUCUUUGAAUUAGAUAACAUUAAAAUAUGUUGCAAAAAUAGAUAUAUUUUUAUAUAUCAUGCUUUCAUGUUUUGUUUAGUGGUGUCAAUCGAUUAAUGAAUGUAAUUCAUUGUAAAAUUGUGAUUGAUUGCAAUUAAUCGCACUUGUUCUUCUUAAGAUGCAUGUUUUUAUAGUGGAUAUUUAAAUGUAAAAAAAGAAUGAAU